GAACGCGCGAUCGCUGACUGUGGACUCAUCCAUCUGUCUUGGCGGGAAUCUGAGCAUCAGCUGGGGAUCUGCAAUCCAGAUACAAGGGAGCCACAACGACGAUGAGUCCAAGACCCCUUAAGCCUCGGCUACCCAUGCUCACAUUGCUGGUGGCGUCUUUGUUGACGUUUAACUUGGCAGCUGCCCAGAUGAGAGUGACGACGCCACGUGCGUUGGCCGAACAGCUCACCCGCCGCUUCCCGGACGGCAUAAUCAUCGGCACAACUGCAACAUUCGGAGCACCACACUAUGGUAGGACAGCAAAGGGGCCUCUCGCUAACAAUCCAUCGUGUGCUAUCGACGCAUCAGGGACGAAACUGGUUGGCCGUCUUAUCUACAGAGAGGACGUCAGCUCGAUGCACUGCAAGCCCGGCUACUUCAACGUUACGAAAGACCUGCCGGCUCUGGAUGCCUUCGAUGGCAACGUCGCCAGCCUGCCCACCGCAUUCCACUAUCUCAUCAUCGUGGUGGACAGGUCGUACACACAUCAGAGUCGGCAAACACUCACGAAAACCCAAUUUAUGCCCGUGUCUGUGUGGUGCAGAGGCGUGUGUACGUUCGUGACGAAGGUCAAGGUAGCGCAGGAAGAGUAUUCGGCGACGGCAGUGGUGGUGGUGGACAGCAAAGGGUCAAGCGCAACGUGGCAGGACAUUCAGUAUAUCAUCAUGGCUGAUGACCUCUACGGCAGGAACGUAUACAUCCCCUCCAUCCUCAUCGACCACGAGACGGGCCAGCUGCUCAAAGACUACAUCAAGCAGGCAGACAUGAGUAACGAGGAAGACGAGAAGACCGUCUACGGGACGCUGGAGUGGGGCGUCUCUGAGAAGGAUGUGGUUAUUGUGGACUUCUGGACUUACGCUUCAUCACAAGAAGGUGAAUACAGCAGGUCAGAUCACCCGCCCAGCUUAGAUGCAUGUCUCGCCGGCUGAGGGUUACA